AUGUUGGAAGAUGCAAAUGAGCCAUGUGAAAUGACUCAUUCACAUGUGGAAGACGAUGUGUGCUUUGAUUUAAUCUUGGGAAGGCCAUUACUAGAACAUGAUUACUUAUCCACCAGUGACCCGAUGCUUACCAGUUCACUGGCAAAAACUUUUGAUGCUGACGCACGGCUUACUGCUAUCAUCGAUGAUGUCGCCACUGCCGAUUUAUCUCAGAUCGGUGUUGGACCGAAUGAUGGUUCUCCAAGUUUAGCAUCGUUGAACAGCAGUAUUAUUCAGCAAAAAUGGCUAUCGAUAACGCCAUUUUCCAGGAAAAAAGCUACUAUUGUUACUUGUGAAUAUUGUGGCAUUGUUCUUAAACAUCCUUCGAAAAUUGAAGCGCACCGGCGGACACAUACUGGCGAAAAGCCAUUUCAAUGUCAGAUUUGUGGUUCAAGGUUUACACAACGUACACCGAUGCGAAUGCAUGUACGACGUCAUAUGGGCCUAAUGCCUUAUGUGUGUUCAUGGGGAUGUGGUAAACGUUUCGUUUCAAAUGCACUAAAGAAUGCGCAUGAACUGAAAAGUCAUAUGGGAGCCAAAAGACGUGGUCCACCUCGGCCUCAUCUUAAGCCACCAAGAUGUUCUAUGCCGAUGAAUGUAAUUGAAAAAACUGAUAAUAAUGAAGGGAUUGCUAACGUUUCUGAUUGUCAUGCACGUUCGAAUGAACAAAUAUCACUGAACUCGGAUAUUGAGAAUAGGCAACUGAAUGAGAUAGCCGAAAAGGUUGUUAUUUCGAAUUUCCCAGCCGAACAAAAAAUUAAAACACACCGAAAAAGAGCAUUGAUUGCUCGAUGUCAGGAAUGUGGUUUACUUCUGAAACAUCCUUCCAAGAUUCAAGCACACAUGCGAACACAUACCGGUGAACGUCCAUUCGAAUGUGCUUUAUGUGGGAUGCGAUUUGCAACUGCUAAUCCAUUGAGGGUACACUUUCGUCGUGAGAAGCCAUUUGAAUGCACAUGGGAGUGUGGACGACGUUUUGUUUCAGUAUCAGCCCGUAAUGAACAUGAACGAAUCGUACAUGCAGGCAUCAAAAGAUAUCGUUGUUCAAUCAAUAAUUGUCACCGUUUGUUUACACGGCGUCGUUAUUUGAUAAUGCAUCAAGCAAAAGAACACAAGGAUGUUACGCAACAAGCUGAUAACGCUAUCCAGUCUGUCCUGGACAUGGUAAAACAGGACAGAGAAGAAACCAAGGCGAACACAAUGUGGUCUUCUGAAAUACCAGAUAACGGUAGUAUAGAGAAAAUUUGGAUCGAAGAGAGAGUUUUAACUGGGGAACAGGUUGAAGAACAAUAUCUUAAUAUUGAUGAUCAAAAUGGCAAUGCUUUGCUUGAAUGUGCCAGCGUUACAGUUGCAAAAGAAGAGGAAAAUGAUUUGUUGAAUGAUGAAAGCUGUCGACAGGUGAUAAUUGAUGAAACAGAUGAGGAUGUUGCGCUGGAAAGGAAUUAUUUUGUGGAAGCAAAUGAAAUAUAUUAUCGUAAUGGAAUUAGGUUAGAGUAUGGCAAACAGGAGCACCAACAGCUGUCUGAUGAUCGUCAAUUUGUAAAUGAGACAGAGUCGUCUAUCGUUUCUCCUGAUAUCUGUGUAAGAGCAAUAGAUAGGGAUGUUUAUUCAGUUUGCGAGGAAAGUACCACAGUUUUGCCUAAAUAUGGUCGAGUUCGAAUUAUUAAACCAGUGACGAAAAUAGGUUGA